AUGGUGUCGAGUGAAGAAACAUUGGCCUUAUUCCGGCAGACAAUCCGUGGGCAAACAGCCACACUCCCAGACCUAUACGCUUUGUUUCCCGAAUGGAAGGCUGAAAUUCAUCCUGAUUAUGAGAGAGCCCGCGAUGAAGUUCUCAAUCCGUGGAUCGAACGAUGGGUGCCAAAUCGGGCUACGAGUCGCAAAUUUCAAAAGGCAGACUUUGGAGUCUUCGCUGCUAUCUUCUGUGCGCGUUCUUCGUUCGAGGUCCUAUGUACCGUGUCUAAAGCCUUCGCAUGGUAUUUUAUUUGGGAUGAUAUUUUCGACUGUGGCAUCCUCGCCAACGAUAAAGAUAAAGCCCAGGAAUACAGAGAGCAAUCCGUACGGUACUUCCACGCCGUACUCGGGGAGGAAGAAGACAUCCCCGAUCUGUCAUACUUCUCAGAGGAGCUUUACGUGUGCUCAAAAGAGGUCCUUCUGGACCAGAAGCUAUACUAUGUUGAAAGUGUCGAUACUGUGGACACGGUCUACUCGGAAAACCACGUUCCAUCACUGAAGCAAUAUCUGAGCCGGCGUGAACGCACUGCCGGGGUGUAUCCGGUUAUAGCCACAAUCCCCUUCAUUUAUGAUAUCGACGUCUCACAACAACAGCUAGAUGGCGAGUCGAUGCAGUUGUUGUGGAAACAUACGUCGUAUUUGGUACACAUGAUCAACGACAUGUUUUCAUUGCGCAAAGAAAUUGCGGAUGGGCAAAUCGAGAAUCUCAUCCCAGUAUUAAUGCUCAACGAAGGCGUCGACUGCAACACCGCCAUGAAGUUAGCUAUUAUGCUGGUCGAUGAGGCAGCACACGGUUUCCAUGAGACUGAGAAGCAUCUUCAAGCUCAACAUGACUCUGCGCCGCAUGAGGAAAUUACUGAAGCUUUCCUGGAGGGCUGUAAGAAUGUGGUGAUGGGGCUGACAUAUUGGAGUUAUACGGGGCAACGGUAUUUCCACCACUCGAAAAUCGAAGCUGGAAACACGAUUACAUUCGGCUUAUGA